AGAGUCGCCGCCCGUGAAUCCUCUGAAACGCAAAGGCGCCGAAGACGCGGUGGAUACAUUAGCGGGAUGACACAAAUAAAAUGCAAUAGAAACGACUUGCCCCCUCUUCGCAUACACUCUUCCCUAAUAUGCCCUCCCCUUCCCCCUUCCCCUUUGCCUUGCCUUGCCUUGCCAUUUUAUUCUUGUCUACUAGCGACAUCGUUUUGAACUGGAUUCCAGAUGUACAUAUGCAGGACCGGACUUCAGGAACAUGCAUUUCUAGACGCAUGACGCCGAGUAACGAAGACAUGACAUGAUCUAACUAGUUAUGCAUUCUAUGGAUUAGUUAAUAGUACUUUGGCAACCGCUGUGCUUUUA